CGUUCGGGGCCGCCCCCUGUGUUGGGGCCUGAGUGGCUCAGUCGCAGGCGGGCCCGCGGUGGCGUUGAGGCGAGCGGGGCUGGGCUGGGCCGGAGCGAGGCGCUGGCGGGGUAGAGGCGGGGGCGCAGCGGCCCCUCCCCUUGGGCCCGGCUGGUGCGGGGCUCGCCCCACAUGGCCCCCCCUCGCUUGCGGCCGGGCCGACAGACCCUCCCCUGGGCGCGGAGGGGCCGGUGCGGGACGCGGCUAUGAGAGACCUCGCGGCGCGCGGGCCCUGCUGCCGCUCGGGCCUCGCUGCAGCAUCCCACCAAAGCAGAAGAAAAACUACUCAAGCACCUAAGAUGUGAGAAAUCCUUCCUUUUUCAAAAGGAGCCAUUUAUUUUCCAAAAUGGAUCGAAGUAAACGGAAUUCAAUAGCAGGAUUUCCACCACGCUUGGAGCGCAUUGAAGACUUUGAUGGGGGUGGCGGAGGUGACGGGACUGUGUCCCAGGUGGGGAGAGUUUGGACCUCUUCGUACAGAGCCCUGAUAAGUGCCUUUUCCAGACUUACACGUCUUGAUGACUUCACCUGUGAGAAAAUAGGCUCUGGUUUCUUCUCUGAGGUAUUCAAGGUGAGACACAAAACUUCAGACCAGGUGAUGGCUUUGAAGAUGAACAUACUGAGCAGUAACCGAGCAAAUAUGCUGAAAGAGAUCCAGCUCAUGAACAGGCUCUCUCAUCCAAACAUCUUAAGGUUUAUGGGUGUCUGCGUACAUCAAGGACAACUGCAUGCACUGACUGAGUACAUCAACUGUGGUAAUCUGGAACAGCUGUUAGAUGGUAACCAGCAUCUGCCCUGGAUGGUGAGGGUGAAAUUGGCAUAUGACAUUGCUCUAGGACUCAGUUAUCUUCACUAUAAAGGCAUUUUCCACCGGGAUCUUACAUCAAAGAACUGUUUAAUAAAGCGUGAUGAGAAUGGUUACUCGGCAGUGGUGGGAGACUUCGGUUUAGCUGAGAAAAUCCCUGAUUGCAGUGAGAAGCUUCCAGUGGUAGGAUCACCCUUUUGGAUGGCACCUGAAGUUCUCAGAGAUGAGCCUUAUAAUGAAAAGGCGGAUGUGUUCUCCUACGGUAUAAUUCUCUGUGAGAUUAUAGCCAGGACACAGGCAGAUCCUGACUAUCUCCCUCGCACAGAGAAUUUUGGAUUAGAUUAUGAUGCCUUUCAGCACAUGGUGGGAGAUUGUCCACCUGACUUCCUUCAGAUGACCUUCAACUGCUGUAAUAUGGAUCCAAAAUUACGUCCUUCAUUUGCCGACAUCGUCAAAACACUGGAGGAGAUUUUAAACCGCCUGAGAAAUGAGGAGUCUGAAAGAGAGAGGAAGUUGCUGAAUCUGGAUGGCCCAGAGAGAAAACCUAUCUCGAUUUCCAAAGGGCUGAUUGAAAAAGGACAAGGAAUAAAGCGAUUGAGUUCACUGGAUGACAAGAUCCCACCCAAGUCACCCCGCCCACGCCGCAGUAUCUUGCUGUCACGCAGUCAGUCGGAUAUCUUCUCUCGCAAGCCUUCCCGGAAGAUCAAUGUACAGGACCCCUACUACACACCAAGCAAGGGGGCAGCACGGAAAGUCAACCCCUUCAAUGCCAGGGAAGAUCUGAAGGGAGGGAAGAUCAAAUUUUUUGACAUGCCGAGCAGGUCUGUGAUCUCCCUUGUGUUUGACUUGCACUCCCCAGAGGCAGAGGACUGCCUGAAGACUAGCCAGCUCCUGUCAAAGCAGGUUUAUAGCACGGACUGGCAGGAAUUCUCUUCCCCCCCUGGGAGGCGGUGCAGAUCUCUCCCAGUCUCUCCUGAACUUCUGCAUAAAGAUUAUGUCCCUUUUGGGGGUCUGUCUUCAACAGUCAAUAGGUGCGACUCGACCCAGCUAGGGGCUGAGAUGCGGCAAAAACUCCUGAGCAGCAGUAAGUAUGGCGUAUCAGAAAUCCCUCCCUUUCAGGUCAGAUCUCACAGGCAGGACUCUCCUUUGUUGCCAGAGCAAGAGGAGGACAUGGACUACUCUGAUGGGCCAGAGUCCCAGGAGGAAAAUGGAUUCUGUCCUGUUAAGAACACAAGAGAGGGUCCAGGAUAUAACCAGCUGCUAGUGCGGGCUCAGCCCGAGUCGCUAAGAUACAAGGGGCGCUCAGCCCAGAAUUCAGUCAACGCUGAGGAAGGCAGCUCCUUGAGAUCGUCUGCAAGCUGUGCCUCCUCUGAAGACAUGGAGGUGGAAGAUGAGAUCCGGAAGAACUUACUGCCAGAGGCUUCCAAGCCUCCAUUCAAUGUUAACCCCUCUGUGGAGCUUGGCAGAGAGACAUUGUCAUUUGAAGUGCUGGAUAUGGACAGCUCUGCCCCACUUUCACUGGCACCUCCUAAUAUGUCAGCAUCUGGCAGCAUACAGUCAAAAUGUGACAUUUAAGGAGAGGGCUUAAAACCCAGAUACAUUCUUGUGGGAACACACGGUCCCCAUUCACUUAGUUUUUAACUUUCCUGUAGUGCUAAGUCUUGGAUAUUUCAGUGGAUCAUAGAAACCAGCCAUCAAACAGGGGCUGCAAAGUGCAUCUGAAGAGACAGUAUUUUUUUAUUUUAUUUUUAAAUGUGUACAUCAUCCCUUAGCUCACUACAAGAGGCAACUACUGCAACCAGCAUCGGGCAGGAUGCCCACCUGGGGUCCCAUAAUCAUUGCAGGGCUGUAUGCAGCAAGCGUUUGGUAGUGUCAGUGAUUUGAACCCCAGCCCUGCAUCUUUCACUUUAGCACUCUGUCUAGCUGGUGCAUGUGAAUUCAGUUGGGAGUCUUGUCUGAUAUUGGAAGAAAUGCUCUCUCUUGGACAGUGCCAGGCAGAAACAAAUGCCUUCAGAUUUCUAACAGGAUCUGUAGGCUCACACCACACUCUGGAACAAACUGAUUUCAAAAGCAAGGAAAACACAAAUCUUCUGCUGGUAGCAAUUCUGAAAACUUAGCAGCACACCAAGUCCCUGCUGAGGAACAGGAGGAAACCAUUCUCUUGCAUGCUGCUUGUUCCCUGGGAUUCAGUUCCUGAUCCAGUGGUCUGUUAGUCCCAGUGAAACAGGCUGGCUCGACAGCCUUGGAGACUGCAGACCCGUGUGCAUCCCUACAGACACAGUACAGGACACAACACUUUAGGAUUUCCCCCAUACACGCAGCCGUCUGUGUAUCUAACCUACCACAGAGGGAGAUUACUGUUGGGUUGAAAGAGGGGUAGCUCAGGCACAUUCACUCACUGGCCUCUUGUGAAACUGCAGAUAAGAGCUUUGUGUUGUGGACACUUGUCCAUGAGGAAGUGAAUUGACACCAUUAACUCUUUCCACAUACACCCACCAAACAGCAUUCUGGGAACAACUUGUCACUCACUACUGACCUUGGCCAAGCAUGAAUCAGUGACCCAGAGACAAAAGGGUCCUGUUACCCUUUUCCAGUCCUGUGAGACAUCCUCCUCCUAAUGUGGUGCCAUUGCCACUGCAAUAACAAUCUGUCCCUAUUUACACCAAGCAGCUUUCUUAAUAAAUUUGUCAAAGAAUAAAAGCCUACAGUGCAAUGGAAGUUGACAGCAAAGCUUUCAGCUACGUGCAUGCAGAUCUAAAGAAACCUUUCACUGAGAAGGGGAUUAGGACAGACUCUCAAAGGCUUUCAGCUUGUUAGGGACACUGAAGAAAAUCAAUUUCUCCCCAUAAAUUCCAUGUUAUGUAUUGCUUUGGCAAAAAGAAAGUACCAGGCGCAUGUAUCUCCAUUUGCUUCUGCCUUCAGCAACCAUCUGAGUGCAGUUUUAUUUUUCCACCAGAAUGUAAAUUUGAAAGAAAAAAUAGUGUGUUUAAAGCCAGCCACUGUGGGCACAUUUGUGUGUGUCGGAGAGUCAGGUGCUAGCCCUAUGGUAGAAAUACACAGAAAGCUUGUCUUGUGGUUAUAUUUGCACAACUUCCUAUAUGGUCCUUUCACCUGCACUUCCUCAGAUUAGAAUGUGUGGGGUUUUGUCUGUAUUAUCAUUCCUGGCUCUCACCGGGCUGCGUAUCAGCUUGUCUGUAAGACUGACAUUUGCAACAGCCCCUCUGUAUCACUUAAUGGUCCCUGGUACUGGAGUGAAUUUCUCCCCAAGUACGCACUUGGAGACUCGUGUUUCAAUGCUGAAACCUUGGGAGGACUCGGCACUGAUGGUGGGAGAGGAAAUGUAAAGCAGCAGUGUCCCUGAUGGAAAUGAGGUUAUUCCUCUGCUUGUCUCACCCCACAGAAAUAGAGGAUGAGGAAGAAGGGGUUUUUAGAGACCAGCUAGGAAGGUUGUUUGAGAACGAGGGAUGCAGCCUGGGUUUGUGGGGUGGUAAAUUGUCUCCUGGCCCCUGGAUUACUUAAAAUUUCCUCUCUCAAGUGCUUGCAUGAAAGUGGCCAGCAGCAUUGCCCCUUCCCAUUGACUAUGAAGAAUUAAAUAGGAAUCCCUGGGCCUCCUUGAAAUCCUUAGUACAGGCCUUGCCAAUCGGACAGGUCUUGGUAGCUUGAAAGAAAAAAUGUGUAUCCCUAAUAAGGUCUUCUAACCCUUCUUUGCUCCUGCACUCCUGCUCCAUCACAAAGGUGCAGAUUUCUAGAGCAAUCCUUUCUUUCUUCUUUGGCAGUUUUUCUGUCUUGUGUAUCCUCUCUAGGCAGUUGGGAGGCUAGAGUGUGGAGCUUCUUGGCUGGCAGGUGCUACCCACAUACAUGCAGUUUCUGUUCAAGGUUGAGAAACUAUCAAGCUAAUCAAAAUAACAAUCAUCCAGCUGAGACUUGUUUUACAGUUGUAGCCUUUCGCAAAGGAGACCAUUCUCACCAGCUGCUGUUCUGUCACAAGACAGGGUUAGGAAUGUGAUGUCCGGCAAAUGAGCAAUAACAAGAAUUGUUUCUAUCUGGAAGCAUCACUGGGCUGCAGGGAAUCUAACCUGCAUCCUACUUCUGCCUUCAGUCCCACUGCAAAGACUGAGUAAAGAACUGCGCCUCCUUGUUUGUUCAUAGGUCUUAGACCAAUGAUGCUGCUGCAGCAGCAUCUCACUGGGGAGGCCUGUUGCACUGGAAGCUCUGCUUUCACCUCUUCUGUUAAACUUGACUGUGAGGCUCUGGAGAUAACAGGCAUGGGACACAUCCAUGGCUUGUCCGACUGACCUCUCCUCUCCUCUCCUCGCUCUCCUCCCCUGGGUGAAUUGUUUCCUUGCUUCAGUAGCUUUUAAAAUCUGUAUUCCCCAGCCGUUUUAUGAACACAAUGGCUAAAAUAAUUUUAGUUUGUGGGGGGAGGAGUAUUCCACUGUUUAAACAAAGCCAGCUGCGUUGUGUAGGGCACGGCCCUGUCAUUUCCAGCCCGUGGUGUCGAGUUGGAGAUGGGUCACAGAGAUGGAAAUGCCAAGGAAUGGUGAUGGACUGUUAGCAUGACCAGGUUAUGUGAUGGGAGUGGCACAUGUUUGUAAGUCUGUUUUUUCAGUUGGUAAGUCGCAGAAAACCAAGUCUUUCUGCGGUCUGAUGUGGUUAACACUAACCGUAAAGUGUCCAUCUGGCCACGCAGAGCCAGGCUAGACUAGAUUGGUUAGGUGGAGCUUGGGCGCUUGUCCCUUCCCAGAUGCUGUCGUCCUUCACAAUAUAGUUAGUAGCCCAUACGGUGAGGCAGCUUCUCCCAGCUACUGAUGACCAUUAAUACAAACUGCUAAAAAUGAGUUCAGGCAAACCACUCGUUUUACAGUAAUGUGAUUAAAAGCUUUGUUCUGAUUGAAUUUUAUCAUGUUUUUGACUUUCUAAUGGAUGCAAUUCUGGCUUUUUUAAUUAUUUCUAGACACUGCUACAUCUGAAGAAAUAUAACUUCGUCUCUUUCUAUGUUGGAUCCAUUUAAAUGUCUGUUAUAAGCUAUUUUGUUGUUGUUGUUGCUGAUUGGUGACAUACAAGUAAGAAAGCACAUGUGGUAAAUUGCUGCCCCUGAACAGAAGCAGAUGCAGGGCAAAGGGCUGUAAUAGGUUUAUUCUACUUUGUUGAAAGGUGUUCAUGUACAGAACAUUUCUUGCCAGUACAACUAAAGACACUUGAAUAAUUCCUGUUUGCACUUAAUGCUGUCGUUAUACUGCAUGUCACUACAUUUCUAUGCAAAAACAAAUAACCUUUGGGGGCAGGUGGAUAUUUGAUUAAAUAAAUUUAAAGAUCUUUGCAAGAUGAUCUAUUUUCAUAUUUAUGAAGGAGUUUUAUGUCUUAAUAUUUUGCAGUCUGUAAAUAGCUAAACUUGUAAGUAAAGGCUUAGGAAGAAGUUUGUAGCCUGUGUACAAUAGUAAGUUAACACUGCCAGAAAAAAAAUCUUUGCAAAACAAGUUUUUUCUAAUAUUGUGGAUAUUUAUGAAUAUGUAAAGAAAGCAAAUCUUGUUUUUAUGUUGAUUGAUCUUCUGACUUUGAUGUUUUUUGAACUAUGGAAAUGGUGUAUGUUUUAUUGGAACUGCAAUAAGAAGUAACCAAAGAUGAAUCUAGUUAAAUAUUUUCAUAAUUUUUUUCUUGAUCAGUUUUGUAAACUGUUUCCCAACUUGCUUUCAAAAUAAAAAUAAAACAAAAUGGUGA